UAUCUGUUACAACGGACUAUCAAAGAAGAGUUAUAAAGUAUUACGACGCAGAACUUGGCUUCGGAGAGCUUCUUUAUCUGCAGGGUUAAGAUAAAAAGUCAUGCGGGGCUAUACGCAUCGUGCACCGUGGUUCGAAAGCUGGCUCCAGACAACUCGUUCUGCAUUUGAGGUAUAACCGCGGCGCAAUACUGCAGAGCGUCUUGCGUCGAAUCCUGUAUUCGUCUCGUUGGUGGACCACGUGUGGAAGCAAAAAAAAAAAAAAGAAAAGAAAAACGGACUGCAACAGGCAUGACAGCAACCAGACACUUCAGUACUUGGGACUACGUCGUGUUCGGCGGUCUACUCUGCGCCUCUUCUGCCAUAGGAAUCUACUACGCUAUAAAGGCUACGAGAAAUAAAUCAUCCGCCGACCAUUAUGUUCGGGGUCACUCCAUGAGCGCUACCAGUGUGUCCCUGUCUCUUCUUGCCAUAGCAGCGUCUCCACUGACGCUUCUGGGGACCCCGACGGAGAUGUACGUGUUCGGCGCUCAGUUCUGGGUGGUGGUCUUCUCUUACUUGAUAACGAUACCGGUGACGGCGUUUGUCUUUGUUCCCAUCUAUCAUAACAAUAAAGUCACCAGCUGUUACGAGUAUCUGGAACUACGCUUUAAUCAUAUAUUACGGACGGUGUGUUCGGUCGGGUCGGGGAUCCAGACGGUCGUUUAUACCAGUAUCGUCCUGUACGGACCAGCGCUAGCACUUCAAGCAGUCACUGGUAUGGACGUCUGGAUUUCGGUGCUGUCUGUUGGUGCAGCCUGUACUUUCUACACAAGUCUUGGCGGCAUUAGCGCUGUUGUGAUGGCAGACGUGUUCAUGAGCUCCGUCAAGUACGGCUCCAUCCUACUAAUCGCCGUCAAAGGAACCAUGGACGUUGGAGGCAUUGAGGAAGUCUUCCGAAAAGCCAUGCAGUCUGGAAGGCUUCACAUUGACGAUUUCCGUGCAGACCCCACAGUCCGUCACUCAGUGUGGUCCUUGGUGUUUGGAUCCUCGGUACUGUGGCUCACAUUGUACGCAGUGAACCAGGGAUGGGUACAGAAGUACAUCAGCAUGCGAGAUGCCCAAACUACCAGGAGGGCGUUGUGGGUGAACUUAGUGGGCAUCAUCGCUCUUCAAACAAUUCUCAGCUUCGUGGGCCUCGUCAUCUACGCCAAGUACAGUGACUGUGACCCGCUUGCCACCAAAAUGAUUUCCUCGGCGGAUCAGCUUGCUCCUCUGCACGUGAUGGACACAUUGGGCGCGAUUCCUGGAUUGUCCGGGUUCUUUGUCGCUGGUCUCUUCAGCGGAGGAUUAACGUCUGGAGCAGCUGCCAUUAGCUCUAUGGCGACGACGACGGUGGAAGAUAUUGUGAAGUCUUAUAUCAAACCUGAUAUCAGCGACCGGGCAGCUCUUGUGCUGAUGAAAAUACUGAACCUGCAGAACAGAACAUGCCAUAAAUUGUCACUUACAGCGAUAUUGCUCGGCGUAACGAUUGUGGUUAUGGUGUACGUUUCUCAGCAACUGGGUGGCAUCAUGCAGGCUGGUCUCACCGUUCUUGCCAUCGUAGGAGGACCUGUCUUCGGGGUCUUCUGUUUAGGAAUAUUUGUGCCAUUCGCAAACAGUACGGGAGCUAUAGUUGGCCUCUUCAGCGGUGUCGCAACCGUGUGUUGGAUCUCUAUUGCGGCCUUCAUAAAGAAACCAAUGUACCCAAUGCCACCCGUGUCAGUGGACGGCUGUUUGGACUUGUACUUCAACGUCACUGGUAAUCUUGCCCUGCCUUCCACAGACAUCUUACGGCAUAACUCAAACAUCGAAUACAUCUACAGGAUAUCGUACUUUUGGUACGGCCCCAUUGGAACAAUCUUGGUUCUUGUUGUAGGUACUUUGGUCAGCCUUGCAACAGGGCCCACGAAGUUGACAGCUGUGGACGAGAAGCUGCUCAGUCCACUCUGCUUUCGGCUGGCUCAGAAAUGGCGAAAAAAUAGCGAGGAUAAAACUCACAAGGGCGGUGACCAUAAGCAGGCGGUGACAGCAGACCCAGUUGCCCAUGGGUGUGUUGCAUCGGCAAACGGCGGUACGAUGGCAUCGUCACUGCGAUCUUAUCCGGAGGUCCUAGGAGUUAGCCUUUGACACAUGAGUGGGAAUAGGGCAUUUCUCUUGCGUUCCUUUAACUUCGUGGUAACAUGACGGCCAAGUCCGAAGCUGGCACUUGUUUCUCGUACAAUGUUAUUACUUAUUACACAUCUAGCCCUAUACGUGUGCGCAUUAUGUGCAGUAAGACGUGUCGUGGGACUUGGGCUCGUUGGUAAAUCUGCAUAAUGAGAAUCACUCCGAUUUGUUCAUGUUGUCCUCGUAUCUCUUGUUUCUGUGACUCUUACCAUUCCAUUUAGCAUAACGCAGGGUCUCGGAUUCUAGUCGCCAUUGUUUUUCGGUCUGUCUAUUCGCGAUUCCAAUGAACAGGACAUACCUAUCGACAUCUCCAGGACAUCCUGAGGAUGUCCUGAACAGGAUAUGAGGACAUCCUAGGGACAUUCAAGUCCCUCACGACACAUGAUUAGUGAAAAAAUGGCUAGGAAGCAAGCGAGCUGGUGAAGAUGAUGCAUAAUGUAAAAAACCCCGAGACUAGGGAACACGAAGGGACAGACUUCGUGUUUGUGUCUGUCCCUUCGUGUUCCCUAGUCUCGGGGUUUUUUACAUUAUGCAACAUGAUUAGUGUUGGAACGAAUGUACGCAGGAAUGUCAUCCCAAAUUUAAGUAGCAGAGGAGGAAAGCGAAAAUUGGACCAAUUAACAAUUUGUCAUUCACAUCCAUGCAAAGAAUUUCUUCCUGCACUGUGCUGUUGAGGCAUUGCUUCUUACCUGCUGUGCCACUGCAGCUUCGACAAAUCAACAAAGAAACUGCAAAACUCUUGGCAUCAUCAGAUAGGCGUACUCUCUCCCAAGGAUAUGGAAGUACUGCAGACUGUACUUGAAGGUGCUCUUGAACUAAGCGCGAAAGGGCAUGAGGAACUCGCUGCCAAUCUGCCCGCUAAAGCAAUUUAUUUGGGAGAUCAUGACGCCAUCCCACCCAACGAAAAGGUUGUCAAGCAGCGUCAGCUUUUGUGAACAAAAGAACUGCAAAGGACAAAUCUUAUAUGGUGCUACAAAACAUGAAAUGACUACAGAGCAAACAUGUUUCGCAAAUGGGCGCUUCCUACCUUUAUUGUUAUAACAGGGAACAGUUUCAGUUAACUGUAAACAUACCGUGCAGUACGGUACAACUAUUACUUACUGUGUUUGAAGCAAGUUUAUUGUGAACUUGUCUCCAGUAUUGUAUGCUCAAAUAAAGUUGUCAUCUCAUAAUAA